GAAGAAGCCGGCGUAAACAAAAGAUUGAAACUUAAUAAAUUUCUUGAUAUCAUUUAAAAUAUGAAAGAAAAGGAUCUGAAACGGGCUUAUAAUAAUGUUCUGGCACAGACAAUAUCCACCUCUCAUCAAUACCUAUUUGCGGGUAAUCUGUUUGGAGAUAUUUUUGUACUAAGGAUUAAAGAACUGGAUAAGGGUUCCGAGGAGCCUCCUGGCAAACUGAAGAUCUUUCCACAGGGAAGCGAUGUGGACAUCAACUAUCUGGCUUUCCAUCGUGAUUUUCUGAUUGUGGGUGCAGUGGGUCUGAUUUACGGAUUGUCAUGGAACGAGGAGGAGGAAUCUUUGGCCACGAAACGCUCCUGGGAGGUGAAGAUACCCAUGCAAGUUGACGCCGUCGAAGUGCCCGAUGUAAACUCUAUGUGGCUGGAUGCGGAGAACAGCACACUUUACGCCGGCUGUGGCGAUGGGGUCAUCUACCAAGUGAGUUUGGAAGAUGGUCGCAUUCAGCGGGAUUACCGAGGUCACACAGACUACGUGCACAGUGUGGUGGGCAACUCCAGCGGUCAGAUCUUCUCCGGCGCCGAAGAUGGCACAGUGCGGGUGUGGAGUACUAAGCAGCAGGAACAAACCGCAAUGUUAGAGCCGUACAAGAACCCAAAUCUUUUGCGACCCGAUUGGGGCAAGUGGAUAGGAGCUGUGGCUGUCAACGAGGAUUGGCUACUUUGCGGCGGUGGACCCAAGGCGUCCAUUUACCACUUGCGCUCCUUGGAGUGCACUCGGGUCUUUGAUUUCCCGGGACGCGUGCAUCUCUGCGACUUUGUGGAUGACUGCGUGUUGAUCGGUGGAGAGCACAAUCAUGUGCAAUCCUAUACUCUAAAUGGAGCCCUGCAAGCCAAUAUUCCCGUGGAGCACACCGCCUGCUACUCCGCCGUUUGGCAAACCUCCCCGAUUAAACUCAUGUCAAUCGCUGGCUUUAGCAACAAACUGCAUAUCCUUAAGGACUUUCGGUUCCUGGACAGCAAGCUUGAGUUGUACGGCAAUGUGGAAGGAGAAGAAAUAAACUCGGAGGAUGACGAAGAACUGAUUGAGGAGCCCUUGACCGUUGAAGCUACCUGAAGGGAAACUGAUCAUAUUGCUCGUUCGUGCAACCAUUUUGUGUUAUUCGAAGCACUUGGUAUUGCUCGCUGU